GCUGCUUACGCUUGCUUCUGGCACAACCGUGUUCACUAGCAACUACACAAACAGACACCAUGGUGCAUCUGACUGCUGAGGAGAAGGAUGCCGUCCUCGGCCUGUGGGGCAAGGUGAAUGUGCAGGAAGUUGGUGGUGAGGCCCUGGGCAGGCUGCUGGUUGUCUACCCCUGGACUCAGAGGUUCUUUGAGUCCUUUGGGGACCUGUCUAGUGCUGAUGCUGUUAUGAACAACCCUAAGGUGAAGGCCCAUGGCAAGAAGGUGCUAGACUCCUUUGCUGACGGCCUGAAGCAUCUCGACAACCUCAAGGGCACCUUUGCUGCACUGAGUGAGCUGCACUGUGACAAGCUGCACGUGGAUCCUGAGAACUUCAGGCUCCUGGGCAACGAGCUGGUGGUUGUGCUGGCUCGGACCUUUGGCAAGGAAUUCACCCCGGAGCUGCAGGCUGCCUAUCAGAAGGUGGUGGCAGGUGUGGCCAAUGCUCUGGCCCACAGAUACCACUAAGCCCCCUUUCCUGAUUUCCAGGAAAGACCUUUUGUCCUCAGUGCCCAAAAACUGAAUAUGGAAAAAUUAUGAAGAGCUUUGAACAUCCAGCCUCUGCCUAAUAAAAACAUUUAUUUUCAUCGCA